AUGAUUCGUGAUGAAAAAACCCUCCUGAAGGCUCUAGAGCACAAGAACAUCGAAGAAAAAAGCCUCUUCCCCUCCAUGUGCUCUGUCCUAGGCCUUCAAUACUUUUCCGAGGAGAACGGAGCAUUGACGCACACGUUUGCAGGCCUGUCGUUCAUCAUAGACAUAACCGGGCCCAAUGCGAAGCUCACCUUUGUCGACGAGGGCCUUGCAAAGUGCUUCAGGUACAUUGAGUUCUACCUGUGCCGCUUCUUAGAGAAGAAAAGCAUGGUUGAUUUCUAUCUCCACCUCAGGAUGUUUGCCAAGAUGGAGACGGGGGACGGCAAGGUCCUUGAAAGGGGCUCUGCAGACACUUGUCGGUGUGUCUUUGACGGGAAUUAUUGCGUAAGCCCGUCGUUCAAGGCCGUGGCCGAGGAGAGCACCGACGGAGUCUACAAUAUAUAUAGACACAGAUUCGAAUAUCAUCUGUACACAAAGAGAUUCAUUCUCUCUAUUCCGGUGGGUGCUUUGCCGGAGGACGACAAUUGCUGCUCUCUGGUGGUUGAGGAUGUAAAUGGAAGGAAGGUAGAUGCAAGGAUAAGCCUGAACCUUGGUAGGUACCUCGGCCUCAGGGAAUUUAAUCGUGAGGUGCUCAGCGCACUUCCCCAGAUGGACUUCUACUGGAAGGGGACGACCGAUGGUAGGGAGGUGCUCGUUCAGAAGAAUCUUGCCGUAUACGUCGAUGGAAAGUUACGGAGAGAUGCAACCUUUCUCAUGAAGCUCGGGAAGGACUUGGACUUUUCUCUUAACUUUUUUGGCAGAUAG